AUGGACGACGUAAUCCCAGUUGUGGUUAUAGACAAUGGAUCAGGAUACAUCAAGGCAGGAAUCUCAGGUGAUGACGCUCCAAGAGCAACUAUUCAGACAGUUUUGGGAAAACCUAAGUAGCCUGGUCAAAUGGUUGGCAUGGAUCAGAAGGACACAUACAUUGGAGAUGAGGUCAAUUCCAAAUUAGAAGUAUUGAAUGUAACUUAUCCGAUUGAUCAUGGAAUUAUCACUCGUUGGGAUGAUAUGGAAAAGAUUUGGCAUCAUGCUUAUUACAAUGAAUUGAGAGUUUCUCCUUAAGAUCAUCCUGUCUUAAUGUCGGAACCGCCCCUCAAUCCAGCAGCCAAUAGAGAAAAGAUGAUUGAAAUCAUGUUUGAAAAGUUCAAUGUCCCAUCCUUCUACCUGGCUAUUCAAUAAGUUUUAGCAUUAUGUGCAUCUGGAAAAACAACUGGUUUAGUUGUAGAUUCUGGAGAUGCUGUCACAGAAACUGUUCCUAUUUAUGAAGGUUUUGCACUCUCUCAUGCUGUAAUGAAGAUUCAUCUUGCUGGAAGAGAUUUAACUGAUUAUUUAAUAAAGUUGAUGGCGGAAUAAGGCAAGGAAUUCUCAAAUCAAAAGGAAACCGAAAGAGAAAACGCCAAAGACACCAAAGAAAAAAAAUGCUAUAUUGUUGGAGACUUCGAAGCUGAAAUGAAAAUCUAUUAAGAUUCUGGAAAAGAAAUAAUUCAUAGAAUGCCGGAUGGAAAUGAUAUCACUUUGGGAAGUCAAUUAUUCAAAUGCCCAGAAGCUUUGUUUUAACCUAUUAAAUUAAGCAAAGAAUUUUAAGGAAUUCACGAACUAACAUUCCAAUCCAUCAUGAAAUGUGAUGUUGACAUUAAAAAAGAUUUAUAUGGAAACAUUGUUUUAGCUGGAGGUAGUACUAUGUUCAAAGGAAUGAAGGAUAGAUUAUAAAAAGAAGUCAUUGCCUUAGCACCCUCAACUAUGAAAAUUUAUGUGUAAGAACCUCCAGAAAGAAAAUACUCAGUUUGGAUGGGUGGUAGUAUUUUGGCUUCCUUAAGUUAAUUUUAACCCAUGUUUAUUACUAAAAACGAGUAUCAAGAUUAUGGCACAGGUUAUGUGCACAGAAAAUGCUUCUGA